AUGACAACUGAAGGUCAAGGCAAAUAUUUUGAGAAAGGAUUUUGGUGGAUCUUACCAGAGUUUUCAGAAGCAGCCGACAAUGAGCUGGGCAGCACGUCCCACAAUUCCUCGUCCCGGAAUACACUGUCUGGACUGGUCCAGAACUGGGCCGACUUUGUGCGAUGCUCAACUCCCCCAACCCGUGAUGACCUCCAUGAGCUUGUUCAGUUAAUGAAACAGAUGUUAACUCAUCAGUUCCCAGUGAAUGGUCAGUUCCCAGUCAGUCGGUUCUCAGUCAGUGGAUAUGGGCCUCUCUACUGCGCCUUCUGUCGGCAGAACGGAGAGACGGAGAUGUACUAUCUUUCCCACAAGCUGAAAGACAGAUUUGGAAACGUCACCUGCCCUGUUCUACGUGCGUAUGUUUGCCCGCUGUGCCGCGCCACUGGGGACGUGGCUCACACCAUCAAAUACUGCCCACUUGGGGACAAACAAGCCUCCAUACCGUUGGCCAAGAUGGUACACUCCGGGAGGAAUUGCAGCGGCAAGAAGCGAUAUCGGAUGCACCGUUACACCUAG